UAAAUUAACUAUAAAUGAUUAUUCAAAUAGGAUUGGCUCAAUUUCAACAGCAUAUAAUAAUAAUAAUAAUACUUUAUCUUUAGCAAUUAGUUCUUCAUGUCAUUUAUUCCUUUAUAGGUAA